UUGAUAAAAAUACAGACGGGUCGGUCGUCUAUAACAAGUGGGAGGUUGUUCUGUUCUCUCACGAAAAUAACUUUGAACAACUCGUUUAGUCAAACCUUGAAGGUAUUCUGGAACAGAUAUCCGCCGUGUGUGUUGUUAAUAUUCAUUCUAAUUUAUGAAAUAUUGAUAGUGAUUUGUGUGCGUAAAAGUGUUGAUCAGAAGUUUGUGUUGUUAAAUUAUUUCGGAAAAUCCUAUAAAAAACAAAAUGUUCAGUGGAAUAGCCGAUGGAGCGUUCCGAAGCAUCGGUGAGAAGACCGCUUCACUCUUCGAGCGGAAGAAGAAGGACGCUGAACAGCUGGCUGCUGAGAAAGCGGCUGAGGCUGCUCACACGGUCGAGGAGCAGAUCAAGAAGACCGGAGAGAUCAUCGGAGGGGCCCAGAAGAGCGCCGCCGAUGCUGCCAGCUCAGCCCAAGGUGCUGGAAACUCUGCCGUGAACGCGCUGAGCGAUGAGCUGAACAAGGUCAGCCUGGCUGCAGGGGAGGCCAAGGAUGCCGCCGCCAAAGCAGUCGCUGACGGGAAAAAGGCCAUCGACACUACUAAAGAUACAGUUGCCACAACUUUUGACAGCACAAAGAAAGCAGCGGAGUCCGCAAUCACUUCAGCCAAAGAUACAGUAUCAAGCACCCUCCAGAGUACUGUUGACACUACACAAAAAGUUGCUUCUUCCGCUUUGGAAACAGGAAAAACUUACGCUAGUAGCGCCAAAGAUACAGUCUCAAGCACAGUUCAAAGCACUGUAGACACAACACAAAAACUUGCACAGUCAGCCGUUGAAACUGGCAAAUCUUAUGUCGGAGGUGCUAAAGAUUACGUGUCUAACACAGUAAACUCCACUGUAGAUUCUACUGCAAAGGCCUCUCAGGCUGCAGCUGAAUCUGGAAAAUCAUUUGUCUCUUCCGCUCAAGAUAAAGUUCAGAGCACCGUUGAUGUAACUAAAAGUAUGGCGCAAUCUACAAUGGACACAACUUGGACUUACUUCGACUAUGCCAAAGAUACUGUACAAAGUACGAUACAGACUGCUGUAGAUACUUCGAGAACUGCCGCGCAAUCUGCUUUGGAUGUUGGAAAGACUUAUGUUGAUAGUGCUAAAGACACAGUCGCAAGCACAGUUGACCACACAUAUAAGGCAGCUGGAUCAGCAGUUGAAACAGGGAAAAGCUAUGUUGGAACUGCUAAAGAUACGGUUGCAAGCACAAUUCAGAGCACAGUAGAUACCACUAAGAAUGUUGCUAACACCGCAGUUGAGACCACAAAGAGUGUUGCUAACUCGGCUGUCGAGAAAGGCAAAUCAUAUGUAGAUAGUGCAAAAGAAACCGUAGCAAGCACCGUAGAUUCAUCAAAGAAUGUUGCUGCGUCUGCAGUUGAUAAAGGAGUAACUUUAGUGGGAUCUGCCAAAGAUACCGUAACAAACACAGUAUCUACAACUUUAGAUACCACUAAAUCAGUUGCUGCAUCGGCAGUAGAAAAAGGCACUUCAUUAGUUGGAUCAGCUAAAGGCACAGUAGCUAGUACUGUAGAUACGACCAAAAAUGUAGCAGCAUCUGCAUUUGAAAUGGGAUCUUCAGCUAUUGGUAGUGCAAAAGAUACGAUCACUGGAACUAUUCAAAGCACUGUAGAUACCACAAAAAAUGUAGCUUCAUCGGCUUUUGAGAAAGGUACCUCACUAGCUGGAUCUGCCAAAGACACAGUAACUAGUUCAGUCCAAGGCACAGUUGAUACCACCAAAUCAGUUGCUUCAUCGGCUUUUGAAAAAGGUUCCUCAUUAGUUGGAAGUGCCAAAGAUACACUCGCUAGUACCGUAGAUACCACCAAAAAUUUGGGGGCUUCAGCUUUUGAGAAAGGCACAUCUUUAGUUGGAACUGCAAAAGAUACACUUGCUAGCACUGUAGACUCUACUAAGAAUGUAGCAGCUUCUGCUAUUGAAAAGGGAACGUCAGCUAUUGGUAGCGCUAAAGACACCAUUGCAAGUACUGUUGAUUCAACCAAAAAUGUAGCAGCGUCUGCAGUUGAUAAAGGACUGUCCGUUGCUACAUCCGCUAAAGAUACGAUAUCUAGCACUGUUGCAAGCACUGUAGACUCAACCAAACAAGCUGCAUCUACGGCAUUCGAUACUGGGUCAGCGUUUGUUGGAAGUGCUAAAGAUUCAAUUGCUAACAAAGUUCAGAGCACUGUAGAAACAACAAAAAAUGUAGCCUCAGCUGCAGUUGAAAAGGGGUCAUCAAUGGUGGAAACUGCUAAAGAUAGCGUAGCUAGCACAGUUAAAAGCACUGUAGAUAAUACAAAGAACGUCGCAUCUGCUGCUGUGGAAAAAGGUUCUUCAUUAGUCGGGUCUGCUAAAGUUUCAGUCACUUCCUCAUUUUCAAUCGCAAAAGACAAUGCUGAAGACAUUAUUGAUCACAACAGAAACUACGUUGAUGAUAUUGAAGACUCUGUAGAAAAGGCUAAGCAUAAUGUAAAAUCAGCAGUAGACGAUAGCACAAAGGCCAUUGAUGCGACUACAGAGAACAUGAAAAAUAAGUUUGAAUCAACUAUUAAGAGUAGCAACAAGGCAGCCGAUGAUGCAGCAAGCGAAGCUAGUGAUUCGAUAAACGCCACGGUCGACAGCACCAAGAAGGCUGCUGAAGAAGCCAAAGCUCAAGCCCUGAAAGCAGCUGAAGACGCCAAGGAAAAGGCUCGUCAAGCCGCUGAAGCCGCUAAGGAAGAGGCCAGGAAAGCUGCCGAGGCUGCCAAGGAAGAAGCUAAGAAAGCUGCCAACUCAGCCGUAGAAGAGUCUAAGAAGGCGGCGGAGAGCGCGGUGGACAGCACGCUGAAGCGCGUGGAGGGCGCCGCGGACGAGGGGCUCAAGAACGCCAGCGCCGCCGUCGACGCCAAGCUCAAGAACGCCGACAAGUACUUGAACGAGAAACGGGAUGCGUUGCUGUCCAACAUUUCUUCAGCCGCUCACGAUGGAUCCGAGGGAGCAGCCGGUCUGCUGAGCAAGGGUCUGGCGGCUUUCCCCAAGUAAUGCGAGCAUCUCCACCUUCGAGUUCAGAAGCCAGGAGUUUCAAGUCAUUUAACUUUACGACCUCUUUUUUAUUGUAUAAGUCAACAA